CAUAUCGUUAUUGACAGUAUUCGAGGCAAGAAUGAAACGAUAUACUUUUCCUGUUUGGUUAUCAGCUGUUUACGUUUUAUGCAAUGCUGCACCUGCUGUUGACUUACCGCUUGAGGAGCAAGGGGGAUUUUUUGAAGGUGACAUGAACCUUACACCAUCACAGAUUCGCGAUAUAUUUGUGAAUAGAAAUGCUGGAUUGUUGAAUACAAAUUAUAGAUGGACUCCUGAUAGUAUGGGAUUUGUGCCAGUUCCGUUUUUAAUUAGGCCUGCAACGCCUUAUGCUCAAGCCCAGCACAGCACAAUUCGAUUAGCGAUGAAUGAGAUUGAAAGGAAUACUUGCCUAAGAUUUAUUCCAAGAACAAAUCAACGAGAUUAUAUCGAAAUAUUUUCCGGCUCAGGAUGUUGGAGUCGUGUAGGACGAAAUGGAGGUCCACAGGAGUUGUCGUUAGCUCACUCAGCAAGCGGCACUUGUGUAACAAAUGGAAUCGUUAUACACGAGUUGAUACAUGCCUUAGGAUUCUAUCAUAUGCAAUCGAGUCCCAAUCGUGACAAUUUUGUGAGAAUAAACUAUGAAAAUAUUGAGAAUGGUAUGGAACAUAACUUCUUAAGAUAUGACUCAAAUGCUGUUGGAUUAUUCAGCACAACUUAUGACAUAGAAUCGAUCAUGCAUUAUUCACGAUCAGCAUUCUCACGAAAUGGUCGUGAUACCAUAACCACAUUUAAUCCAAAUCACCAAAAUCGAAUUGGACAGAGAAUAAGAAUGAGUCAGGGUGACAUUACAAGAAUACGAAACAUGUACAACUGCAGGUAGAUUGGAACUAGAUUUAAGCACUCAAAAAUGGAUUAUUUUGUCGAUAAAAACGCGCUCAAAAUAAAAGUGUCAAGCAAUAAAGAUAUUCACAAUUUCCAUGGUGUUUCGCUUUUAUUUCACAUGAAAUACAUAUUCAGUUACACAGCUUUAAGGCACUUCUGUGAAUGAAUAGCUAUUACCUAUGCCACUUGUGCGUAAGAAGAGAAAAAAAUUCAGAAUAUGAAGAUAGACAAAAAAUUGCCUGAUUCACCGUAAGUGGAAUGAUUUGAGCGCAUAUUCUGGGAAAUUGUACACUCGUGUAUGAAUGAGAAUGUUAAUUGCUAGUGAAAGCUUCUUAAAUUUAGUAGACUUGAAGAUGCCAACCCACAUCAUUUUGAUGAAUUUUUAUGGCUCGUGAGUCUGAAAAUGUUGAAAUAAUAAAUUAUUAAAUUUUU